GUUCCAUUCCCGUCCAACAGGUGGCGAAAAUGCUCAGUUCAUGGUCACAUUUACACAGACCGUUAAAAUAAAGCGUAGAAGAAGAACGCACCCGGAAGCGACUCCGGAAGUGUGAAUGUUGUGUUGUCAUUUCUUACGAAGAUGUCUGGACACGAUCACUUGUCUUUCUGCUUGUGCGAUUUAAUCAGAUUGAUGUGGUCAUUGCUCUUGCCAUGCUUUUACCUGUGUCUGUUCCUGACGGGAGUGCUUUUCCUGUUCAUCAUUGGGAUUCGCACUUGGCUUCAGUCUGGCAGGAAAGCACGCCGAGCUCAAGAUGGACGACCCGCUGUCGCCUUCUUCCACCCGUACUGUAAUGCAGGAGGUGGAGGAGAAAGAGUGCUCUGGUGUGCCAUUCGAGCCCUGGAGAACAGGUACAAAGAUGUAGAUUUCGUCAUCUACACAGGUGAUCAGGGUGUUACGGGCGAGCAGAUCAUGGAUGGUGCUCGUCGCCGCUUUAACAUCCGCCUGCCACGUCCAGUUCGCUUCAUCUUCCUGAAACAUCGGCUUUUCGUGGAGGCCAGUCUCUAUCCCCACUUCACCCUGCUGGGCCAGAGCAUCGGCUCGCUCUUCCUGGGCUGGGAGGCGCUCACGGCCUUCACGCCUGAUCUCUACAUUGAUUCUAUGGGCUACGCGUUCACGUUGCCCAUCUUCCGUUAUCUUGGUGGAUGCAGCGUGGCGAGCUACGUACACUACCCCACUAUCAGCACAGACAUGUUAUCAGUGGUCCGUGACAGAAACCCCAGGUUCAACAAUGCAGACUACAUCAGUAAUAACCCCAUUCUGAGCGCCAUUAAGGUGGUGUAUUACUGCGCCUUUGCCCUGCUGUACGGUCUCGCCGGCUCCUGCAGUGACGUGAUCAUGGUCAACUCUACUUGGACUCUGGGUCACAUCCUGGCACUGUGGCGUGCCCCGAACCGCACCAGUGUUGUUUACCCACCCUGCGAUGUCCAGGCUUUCCUUGACAUCCCCCUGGAGAAGGAAGGAGAAGACAAAGACAAAGACAGGAAGUGCCACACCAUAGUAUCUGUGGCCCAGUUUCGACCAGAGAAAGACCACCGGCUGCAGAUCAAAGCCUUCCGAAAGCUUCUGGACAGACGUGGGGAGGGGCCUGGCAAGAGGGACCUGGUGAAGCUGGUGCUAAUUGGAGGAUGCCGGAACCAGGAAGAUGAGGAUAGGGUGUUGAUGCUGAGGGGGUUGUGCCAGGAGCUGGGCGUGGCCGAUAGGGUGGAGUUUAAGCUGAACAUCCCAUUUGAGGAGCUGAAGAAGGAGUUGGGGGAUGCUACGAUCGGGCUGCACACCAUGUGGAACGAACAUUUUGGCAUUGGUGUGGUUGAGUGCAUGGCUGCUGGGACAGUGAUUCUGGCCCACAGGUCUGGUGGUCCUAAGUUGGAUAUUGUGGUACCGUUUGAAGGUGGCAUCACAGGUUUCCUGGCUGAUGAUGAAGAAAGCUACGCUGAUGCCAUGGAACGCAUCUUCACCAUGACGCCAGCAGCACGACUCGAGACCCGGCGUCGGGCGCGACAGUCCGUGAGCCGCUUCUCCGAUCAGGAGUUUGGGGCAUCCUUCUUGGCUGCCAUGGAGAGUCUGAUGGGCACUUUGGAGCGAUGAAGUUUGAAGAGCAUGCUGCUUGUCUCAUUCAGAACUCAUUAUAACUGACUUCCUGUUAAGGGACUGAUUUGUGCAUAGUGCGAAUGUUUACUUCCCCCCUGCAGAUUGUAGACUGUUCUUUUGAUUAUGGUGUUUUUAGAAAACUGAGAUGUAUUGUGUUUAAGACAGAUGGUGUUUUCAACUGAAGGAGUUUAAAUACUACAGAAAUUCUUCAGUUUAAUGUAGCAUUGCGCUUGACCUACCUAGCUCACAAACCCACUUUCGUAACUUGACCUUUCAACUGAUCCAAGACUAACCUUAAAUAAGAGAGUAAAAAAAAAAAAAAAUCAAAACUGCCCUCUGAUCAGCUGUAAUUUUUUUUAGCACACUUGGCACGGUGAAGCUAAAAUGUCUAGAGUCCAGUGAGCAUGCUGCAAACAAACAAACCGACUGUUUGGUUUGUUUCAAAACACAGUACUGUUUCUCACACUUUGCAUCUUCACGUUUGUCUUGGUCUUAUUUUUUGGUCUCAUUUCUGCCCGGGUCAGAGGCCGUCUUUCCAAAACGUCCGCUUUUCUCUUAAGAUAGACGCCUUACAUGAUGAACAAGCAUUUUCUUCUUUUUAUAUUUGAAGACUUGAUGUGAAUAAUGAAUAUUUUUGGGACAGAGUAUAUGUAUUAACUUGAUUCAUUAGACUUAUUUAUAAGGAUAUUUACAAUAAAUGGUUUGAGGAAA